CUCUCACUCUCUCUAUUUGAGGUUGACCCGUAGCCACCUACCGGCAGCUCCUUCCCUCUUCCAAUGGCGGCCCCACCACCCUGCAAUCUCUAGAGAGGAAAAGUAAGCUCAAAAACAGCCUCUCUUUAAGAGAGAGGAAUAGAAAAGAAAAAUUAAAAAAAAAAAAGUAAAAGAGAAAAGAAAAGCUUAAAUAUAUAAUCUUUCCUUUCCUUUCAUUUCUCUCUUUUCCUUCUCCUCAUUCAGAUCCUACAAGGGACUAUACGGAGAGGAAACCCAAAAACCUUCCAUUUCUCUUCAGUCUUUAUAUAGUUUUAUAGAAACCUUUUCUACAAGAAAGAGAGAGACAAAAGAAGAAAUUCAUCACUCCAUUGUAGAUCAGAGCAAGCUUUAAAGAGAUAUGGGUACUUUCUGUUCAGGUGUUCAUUUGCAGUAAAUCUCCUAAUUAUUUGCUGUUUUUCAGAUCCUCUUUUUCGUCUCCCUCUUUUCAAAGUUUGCAACUAGCACCGUCUCUUUUCAUUGCUUUCACUUUUUGCUUUACUGAGUCUGUUUGGCCCUCUGGCGGUUACCGCCAAACGAUCUCCAUAAUUAUCGGCAAAGCGUUCUAUAUAUGGAUUCUAACAGUGGGAGUAUGCAAUCUUCGAGUGGUGGAGAUGAAGAGUAUGAUUCGAGGACCGAAUCAAUCUCGCCGUUCAUGAUGAACCCUUCAGGUUCAGGUUCAGGUGGUUCAGUCCACUUUGGUUCAAUCUCAAACCCCCACCCACCAUCUCUUCCACACCACCAAAGCCACCACCCAUCUGCUCUGUUUGAUCCUCCAUCACACAAUCUUGGUGACUUUUCACAUACACAACCAAACCCAAAUGCCAAUACACUAUACAAUCUCAAUUCAGUUUGGUCCAGAGGCUUAAUACCAUCAGAUCCCAAUCACACCAACAUGGGAAUCCUAUCUGGAUUAUCAUCAUCAACCCAAUCCCUCUUAGCUCCUCAAGGACACAACCAGGGCCCAUUUCCAAGCUCAUCGUCGAUGUCUAUGUCGAUGCCGAUGCCGUUACGGCCGGUGUUGGACGUCCAUGGUGGUGGAAGAGCUACACCACAGUCUGAUCAUCAUCAACCCCACAUGGUCAAGAACUCCAAGAAGCGCACCAGAGCUUCAAGGAGGGCACCCACCACUGUCCUCACCACUGACACGUCGAAUUUCCGGCAAAUGGUGCAGGAGUUCACCGGCUUCCCGGCGCCUCCCUUCUCCGCCUCGCCGUACUCUCGCCGGCUUGACCUGUUUGCAACUGGUUCAGCCAUGAGGUCUGGUCAACUAGAGCCACUUGGUCCAUUUUACCCUUUAAGGCCAUCAGUUCAAAAGGCUCAAUCAUCACUACCAUUUAUUUCAUCUUCUUCUCCUUCAUUGUUGAACUCUUCUUUAAUUGAUGCAAUAGCUCCUACUACCACUCUCGUUGCAUCAAAUUCUACUAACAUUAAUACUUUGACCACCAAUACUUUCAAUUCAGGUAACUACCAACCACCACCGUCUGAUCACCUAGGCCUUGAUCUUCCCAAUCAACCUCAAAACAUGCUCAGCAUGCAAAACCAAAUGCUCACUUUCCAAUCUCUCCUAAGAUCACCCCUUCCUCCAAGUACUCUAAGGUACCCAUCACCCGAUUCGGCGGUUUUCGGCUCGAGCUCUCAAAGAAGUCCCACCAUUCCUUCUCUUGAUGAAUUGGGUACCAGCCAUGAACAUGUAAAUGCAAACCUCGGAGGGUUUCCAAACCAUGGAAGUACUUCCGAGGCCACGACGCGAAGGAUCAGGAGUGACAAUGAUCUUAGCAGAUGGAGAGAUGGAACAACAUCAUCAAAUGAUAGGGUUCAAGAAAACUUGGGGUCUUUUGAUUGAAAUGGUGGUAAAAACAUGACAACAUAUAUGCAUGUUAUUGGCCUCUACAUCAUCAGAGUUCGGAGAAUGUUUCCUCGAGAAGUGAAGGUACGGUGGAUAUUUUUGAUCUGUCCUUCUGAUUAGUGCUUUUUGCAGCAAUAAACAGCGUAUGAUAAUAGUAUAUAGAAAUCAUAAUGAGGAAAUUAUAGAAAAUGUGGAGGAAUUUAAGGCAGUUAUGAUGGUGAAUGAAUAGGGUUGGGUGAUGAUCAUGAUUGGUGAGCAUUUCUUCUUGAUUAAUUGAUAACCUGAAUGAUCACCACUUUUUGGCUAAUCUUUGGAUCAAAUGUAUUACUAUAUAUAUAUAUAUAUAUAUAUAUUACAUGUAAAUACUGCAAUUUCUAUUUUUACAGUUUUGAUAGAACAUCCAUAUUUAUAAUAUUGUUAAAAGAAUUUUGUUUUCCUCUGGA